AUGGCUACAGCUGUUAUUGGAUCAUCAGGUGACAAAGGCCGUUGGAAUCACCUGUACAAGGUCCUAUCCAAGCCUGGUCCUUUCAGUGAUGAGGACUGGGUACCAGGACAAGGUACAAUUAAUACCCUGGAAUCCUCCAAAAUUCUUGUGAUCGGAGCUGGUGGACUAGGCUGCGAAAUUCUGAAGAAUCUUGCGCUCUCAGGGUUCAAAGAUAUCCAUGUCAUUGAUAUGGACACUAUUGAUAUCUCAAAUCUCAACCGACAGUUUUUAUUUCGCCAAGCUGAUAUCGGCAAGCCCAAAGCAGAAGUUGCUGCUGCCUUUGUGGAGAAGCGAGUAAAGGGAGUCAAUAUCACGCCUUACGUUGGCAAGAUUCAGGAUAAAGAUGAGGAUUACUACAUGCAAUUUAAGAUCAUCAUCUGCGGCCUUGACAGCAUCGAGGCUCGCCGCUGGAUCAAUUCUACUCUAGUUGGGAUGGUUGAUUUCGAAAACCCCGAGAGUCUCAAGCCUCUCAUUGAUGGUGGAACUGAAGGAUUCAAGGGACAGGCUCGUGUAAUCUUGCCAACUCUUUCAUCAUGCAUUGAGUGCCAGCUAGAUAUGCAUGCCCCUCGACCUGCAGUGCCUCUCUGUACCAUUGCUACUAUUCCUCGUCAGCCCCAGCACUGCAUCGAAUGGGCGCACCAGAUUGCCUGGCAAGAAAAACGAAAAGAUGAUACAUUUGACAGCGAUGACAUGGAGCACAUCUCCUGGGUGUAUAAUGAAGCUCUGCAACGAGCUCAGCAUUUUCAUAUUCAUGGUGUGACCUUCCAGAUGACCCAGGGAGUAGUGAAGAACAUUAUUCCAGCCAUCGCAUCGACGAAUGCAGUGAUCGCAGCAUCCACGACAUCCGAGGUGUUGAAAAUUGCCACCUCCUGCAACCCAUAUCUCGACAACUACAUGAUGUAUGCUGGCGAAGAGGGUGUUUACACAUACACGUUCGAGGCAGAGAAGAAAGAGGAUUGUCCCGUGUGUGGCAACCUUGCCCGUAAGAUGGAUGUGGAUGCAAACAUGACGUUGGGCGAAUUUAUUGAGAGUCUCGGCGAGAAGGCUGAGGCCCAAUUAAAGAAGCCAAGUCUUCGGACAGAGGAAAGAACGCUUUACCAGCGUUUCCCGCCUCAGUUAGAGGAGCACACAAGGCCAAACCUCCGACUGAAGCUGGGUGAGCUCGUCGAGAAUGGCCAGGAGAUUGCGGUCAGUGAUCCAGCCUACACGAUCGACUUCCGCUACCGACUUCACUUCAAAUAA